AUGGGUAAUCAAGAGCCACAAGACGCAAUGAUUGCGGAUGUGAUGCAAUGCAGUACCAACGCAACAGACAUUGCUUUCGAAAGCUGCUGCGCUCCAUGGGAUACGCUCCAAGAAGAAGCAAUCGAUCACUGGUGGACUCAUCAUCCAGAUUGGGAAGAAGUUUCCCUCAACAACAACAGCACAGUUUCUAGCAGUGGUGUGGAUCAGCAAGUCUGCUUUGCUCGCAUGCGAGAUCCGGAGCGAGCGGCCUUUUUCCGUGCGCUGUAUGCUCUGCAAUUCCCCCAUCCCGACGGACAUGAUAAUUUGUGUGGACAGGACUUGCAAGUCCAUCAAAUCAAUGCCGGAUAUGGCGCCAGUGUCAGCCAAGUUGCCCGUGGCUUGUGGGCGGCACACAAUCAACGUCGGCCCUUUCAAAUGACCAAGCAUUGGGAUGGAGCCCGGUGGUUGUUCUCUACCAAUCUCACCGAUCGAUGGAACUAUUGUCCAUCCAUGGAUAUGAAUUGCUACUUUUUGCCGCUCUCGAGUUGUUCCCCCGUCGUUGGCCGUGAUGACGUUUACUCGAAAUCAGCCACGAAUACGGCAUCCGAAAAGCAGCGGUAUCAAUGGACCCGUCAAUACGUGACACGGCCCCGGCAUCGACUGCGAAAGCAACUAAGACAAGUCCUGAAGGAGCAUCUGCAUGGCUUGUCUCCCUUGUCGCUCCAGAAUAACUGCACGGUCAUUCAUGUGAGAAGAGGAGACGUAGGAUAUCCCCGCCAUCCGUUUCGACGAUACGCCGCGGUACAAGAGUACUUGGAUAUUGGCAAUGUUACCGAGGGUUCCACUGUUGUGUUGCUGACAGACGACGAAACGACAAUCCACGAAGUACAAAAAUACCACGACAAGAAUUAUCAAUGGGUUUACCUGGAUCGACCACGCAACAAUGGUAUUCAAGGUGGUAUGGAUGGUCACAUUCCUUCGGGUGACGAAGGGUAUGAGAUUCUCAUGAUCAUGGCAGAGGUCAAGCUGGCAAGUCAAUGCCAUACACUUGUUCACGGGAAAUCGGGGUUUGUCGCUACCAUUAAAGAUGAAAUGGAUGCAGCAGGACAAGUCUAUCAAAGUGUGUACCUGGAUACGUCAGUUCCAGACGAGGAGAUUAAAAAGUGGCGUCGAAAGCAUGACCCAAAGGGACGGGUGGAACUAAUGAUGGAUCACAUUUUGCAACGGCACGAUAAUACAACGAGGCGUACGAUUGACAAUCAAAGCAAUGUUCCACCCAAUGCCAUUAUCAAAACAAGUAUCGGCAAAAUACGACAGCAACAUGGAUCAUAUUUGAAAAGAAGUACAAAGGGACAGCUCGUGCCGGGGAUCGUGACAACGAUUCAGAGCCGAAACCACCACGUUCAGAUAGACACAGGCACAAACAACCAAGGCAAUGUGAAAACUGCAGCAAUUACGAGCACCGACACAAUGCAACACGAAGCAUCAUUGAAAAGAACUACGAAAGGGGAAGUCGUGCCCCAGGAACAGCUCAUGCAAGGGAUACUGACAACUAUUCAGAGGCGAAACCGCGUUCAGACAGACAACAAAGGAACAAACAACCAAGGUGACCGGCAAAAUACAGCGACUGAACUCAGAAGGGAGCUCCGGAAGAAGGCUUCGCGUACUGGUAGGCGUAGAAAACAAUCAUUGGCAACAUACCGACAGAAGAUCAUACAAGGGAUAGUGACAACGAUUCAGAAGCGAAAAGGCGUUCAGACAGACACAGGAACAAGCAACCAAGGUAACGGGAAUACAGCGACUGAACUUGGAGUGGAUCCCCGGAAGGAGGCUUCGCCUACUGGUAGGGGUAGGUAUGUCCCAUGGAAAGCCAGGCUGUGA